CCCUUGCUUUUAUUCUUACCCUUCAAUCAUUUCUCGGCACUGAAUCAUCAUCGUAUAUGUUCUCGGUCUUCUACCUGUUGCUGCUUCCUUUCUUCUUCCCAACGCCAAUUCCUUUUCUCUGGGAAACCAGCCAUGGAUGUCGAUAAUGCGGAGAAUGCAGCUUCAACUUCUGCUAUUAUCAGUUCCUCAUUUUCGCAGCAGAAUGAAGUUCUUUCUGCUGAAGAUCUUGCUUGGGCUGAUUCCUGCAUAAUUAAAGAUUCUGAUGUCCCAGUAGGUGAUUGGAUCCCUUUGAGAGAUGCUUUGCUUGAAAUAAUCAGUUCCCAGUCUCAAUCUUUCAGCAAUGAUAUUGGGGAAGACGUUGAAAUUCUCCCUGACAUUGAAGAGAGUAACACCAAAACUAUUAGGUUAGAACCUAAUCAGGAAUCUUCAACUUCUGAUGAGGAGCACUUAUCCAGGCCUUCUUCAUCCCAUAAUGUUAACCCGAUAAGAAUGGUAGCAGAAACGAGCACGGAUGAAAUUCCAGACAUUGAAAGUUAUCACCGAAGUCCUUUCCUGCCAACCUAUAAUGAAGAGCUGAAUCAAAAUGAAAAUAUUGAUUCAGGACUUGUUCUGGAUUCUUCCGCAUUUGAGAUGGAGAACACAUCUGAGAAUCUCUUCAAAAUCUGGGAUUGGGACAUUCCAUCUGAGGAAGGUGAACUAGCUGAACAAUUGGACAAAGCCCUUACAGAGAAUACCUUUCAAGCGGGGCCAUCAUCUGUUGAUGAUUCAGGGAAGCUGGGGGACUUGAAGGAAGGCUCACUUGAUGAUCUUAUUGCUGGCAUUGCUGACUUGUCUUUGAAUAAAAAAGUUUAGUGUGUAUUGAUUUAUUUUUGUUCAGAUUCUUCUGUCCAUUUACAAUUAAUCUACCUUUAAGUUUUAGCAUAAGAAGUUCGAAGACUCUUGCAUGUCGAUGAGUUUGCUUUUUAUUUCAAACAGUGAUGGGGCCUUGAAUUAUCCCCACAACCCAGGACAUCGUUGUACAUGAACCUCGUGUGAUCAAGGCAGUUUUGAUUUUUGAAUA